AGGUGGGAGAAUGCAUAACCACCUUUCAAAAUGUUUAAGAAAGUGGCCUAAUACAUUUUUGUGGUUAUAUGCAGGAGUUAACUCGAAAUACUUGUGUGUCUGUAUUUAUGUAAGGAACAUUACCUUUUAUGAGAAAGAUUAAUAGUUCCAGAGGCUUUUGAUUUCUUGUGUUUUUCAGCAAAUCGAUGGACCAGUGGAGGGCAACCAAGUAGCUUUAAAAACAUUAAUGUUUGUAGGCGUUUCCUGGUUGGUGAACGGCGUCACAAAUGCCGUCUUAGAACAGCGAAAACGCAGUUUUGGGCGGCGACAAGAGUGAUUGAAGACGCCGUAGAUGACGGCGCGUAUACAGCAUUUGGAGAGUAAAGGGGACCCAUGCCUCAGCAGUACAUGUGCACUGGAGGAAGUGGCCUAGACUGAAAGAGCAUCACACAGCCUGGGGAGGUGGCCAAGGGAGAUCCAGAGGAGUAACAACCCUUACACUUAGCCUAGUCAUAGUAAAAAGCAGUGAACAAGGUACAUUUACUGAGACACUCCUUCAUUAAGACUACAAGCUGUUGGCUAUCACUGACCCAAAGAUUCCAGAAAUGUUUGCACGUUGUCUUUGUAUGAUCAUUUUGAUGAUGGCCAAAACAUUACAUUUUAACUAUGAUUUAGAGAGAACAUGUACCCCCUUGCCAUGAAGACCCUCCUUUCCCUUGAUAUCUGAAGAUGUGCAGCAGACAGAAUUAAGUCUCAGGAUAAAGAUGCCAAAAGCUCGACGUUCUCAAGAUGAACAAGUAUUUCGCCGCCCCAUUCUGCAUGUGUUUCCUGCCUGGGACCGGCCCACGCUCGUGACGGUCUCGCUGACCCCCCGGCUUGCUCCUCCUGCGCCGUCCUGUCUACUUUGAGCAGGAGGUGGACGUCUCCGGCGUGUUAAACUCCUGCGAAGACAACGACGAAGACGACAUGAUGUCAGAGGAGGACGCUUGUAAGGGCUCCAACACCCGACCGCUUCUUCACCCAACGGCUCCUGGCGUGGAUGCCCUACCACCUGUGGAAGGUGAGGGUGAUCUGUCCGAGCUGUGGGAAGCAGCUGACGGGAUAUAGUGUCCACAAGAGGGCACGCAAAGUCCUGGACAUCGACAGGUACUACCUGAUGGUGUCCGACACUCUGGUGCACUGUGUGUUGCCUGAACCAUCUGGCCACCAGACAGACUGUCCUGGACCAGCUCGACCUGCCUCGCCAGAGGAAGUUCCGGCGCAAGGUCAUCUGUAUGCUAAGAGAGCCAACGCUUGGCAACAGCCCAACCCAUCUGGUCAAGCAGCUGAGGGAGAACCACAGUGAGGAGUGGUUGGACCGCCUGGCUUACUACUUAGGGGAAUGUGCUGCUUUUGUGGACCAGCCCAGCCUCUUCCCAGUGGCCUGCUAGGAGCCCCCAGAGCCUCUUGAUGUCCCCACCAGCCAAUGGCUCCUGUCCACAUCAAGGCCAGGAUUACCUCCACCUUUGGGUCCAUUUUAAAAAUGUCUCCACCAAGAAGAUCACAAGGAAGCUGUCGGGGACAGCACGGGGGACUGCUCUGUGGCUGAGCUCUGUGAGCAAUGAGACCGGUCAGAUACUCAUCAGCGUCCUGACUGCUCAGGAGGGACCUGGUCUGGACCUGAUGGUCUUGGGUCUCAUGCGUCGCUAGAGCCAGGCAGGUAUGGCCCCUCCAGUGCUGCUGGCGGUUCCCACGUCUCUCUGGGGAGAACUCGAGGACGACCUCUCUUCAGCUGCCUCUCUCCGUCCGCCCCCUCCGCGUGGAGUUUGCGGGUAUGAUUGAGAGAGCCGCUCUACGCAUCCAGCUGCCCUUGCCUCCUCUGCCUACACCUAAACAGCCUUCGGAUAUGUCCUUCGGUUCCUGGGCUGAGCGAGUGAAACCGGUGGACUCCCCUGCUCCUGAAGUCCGUGGUUUUAAGGGCUUCGCCGAGGACUAUCUGCUACAUCAGACAGGGCAGCCUUUGCAGAGUGUGGACCCCGACACAGAGGAGACUGACCAGCUGCUGGAGGACCUGGCUGUGGACGGUGAGGAGGAGGAGGAGGAAGAUGAAGGCUUUGAGGAAUUCACACUGGACUUCACAGUUUGUAGUCUUCUGGAUGACGUCUCCACCACCAGCUGUCCUGCUCCCUCUGCUUCCAGUCCUGCUCCCUCUGCUUCCAGUCCUGCUCCCUCUGCUUCCAGUCCCGCUCCCUCUGGUCCCCAGCCUGCCACCUCCACCACUCCACAGCCUGCUUCCAGUCCACCAGCUGUCACACCUCAGGUGCCUGAAGAGCAGUGGGCCAUGGAUGAGCACAACAGGCCAGGCAUGGAUCGUGUGGAUAGCCUGGCUGAGUGUUUGGUGGAGCUGAGGAACCAGACCAGGCUGACCCUAAACAACCAGCAGGAGUCCCAAGAAGAAGGGGAAGGGGAUGCUAACAAGAUGGACUCUCAUUUUGCAGGACUACCGCAAAAUAGGGUAGCUGGUUCUGGCCAAUGGGGCCAUAAUGCAGGCGACAACCCUGCAGCUGGUGGAGGUGAACCAGACAACCCUCAUCCAGUGGCACAACGGCAGGGUGAAGAGGCAGGAUCUUGCAUUGCUACUGCAGGGGAUUAACCUGCCUGGUCUUCUCCCUGUGGCUUCCGAUCCUUUGGACCCAACCAAUGUCCGCCCAGCAGUUGCUCCACCCCAACACCAGGGAGAGACAUUAGUUUAUCCCCUGCCCAGGAGCACUGCAGGGUAGGCAAAGUCAAAGAGACAGUCCACCACUGUGAUCAUGCCACCAGUGGCAGUGCGACCAAGACUGGAAGCACAGAGGCAGCUAUUCCCCCAGGCUUCAACUUUUCCAUUCAUUGUUCCGGCAGCCCCUGUCCUUCCUGGAGCUCCCUCCUAUCCUGUCCCCAUCACUCCCCGCCCAGCCCCCAAUGACCCCUGCCCUGCCCCUGUCCCCACUUUAUAUUCCAUCCCCCUAGCCCAUCGUUUCCUCGUACUGACCCCUGCCUGUCCUGCUCCAUCUGCUAACACUUGCAGGAAGUGUGGGCAUCAUCGCACAGCCCAGACUGGGCACAGCCAGUAUAAGGGGCGAAUAUAUUGCCCAGCCACUGAGACUCUCUUAAGAGCAGUGGAAAUGAAGAGGAAAUAGCUCUCUUUAAUAUAGUUCCUCAAAUUUAAUACAGUUGUAAUAUAGCGUGUAUUAAUCUUUAAUAUAGUUUUAAUAUAAUUUCAUAUAAUGUGUCAUCAGUUACUUAGUUGUUAUAUAGUAUAUUAGCCAAUUACUUUGUUAGUUUGUUAAAUCCGUUCUGCACUCGUGUAUGUUUUUGUGUCCUCAAGAAUAUAUUUAAAAUCUUGUGU